AUGAAGGCGUCGGGCACCCUGAGGGAGUACAGAGUUGUUGGGAGAUGCCUCCCCACUCCUAAGUGCGCAACACCACCUCUCUAUCGUAUGCGCAUCUUUGCUCCUAAUCAUGUUGUUGCAAAGUCCCGUUUCUGGUAUUUUGUCUCUCAACUGAAGAAGAUGAAGAAAUCUUCUGGGGAAAUUGUGUACUGUGGACAGGUUUUUGAGAAGUCUCCGUUGAAGGUGAAAAAAUUCAGUAUCUGGCUGCACUAUGAUUCUCGUAGUGGAACUCAUAACAUGUACAGGGAGUACAGGUUUUUGACAACAGCUGGAGCUGUUACACAGCGCUAUCGCGAUAUGGGAGCCCGUUACAGAGCUUGUGCUCACUCAAUUCAGAUCAUGAAGUUUGGAGAGAUCGCUGCUAGCAAGUGCCGCAGACCAGCUGUCAAGCAGUUCCAUGAUUCCAAAAUCAAGUUCCCUCUGCCACAUAGAGUUCUGCAUCGUCAACAUAAGCCACACUUCGCCAGCAAGAGACCUAACAUGUUCUUCUAA